GAACACUUUUUUCGUGGCGAGGGGUAUAGAUGCCCCGUGGCGACUCUGGCGGUGUGACACGCGAUCUGGUCAAAGGAUAUGUCCAAGUGUCCUGCAGAUUUGGCUUCUGUCGUGCAGGCCUUGCAGAGUCUCCCUCUAGGUCAUCCCUCUUUUCAAUGGUCACCUCUUCAUUUUUUCGAGGACGUCGUUCCGCCGCCCCCUCGCAAGUGGCACCAUCUCUAUGUGCACCACUUGCUCCCCUCCCCCCUCGUCCGGCGGCAGUCUCACCUGCGCCGCUUCGUCAGACGAUUUCUGCAGUCGUUGAUGCCAGGCCAUAUGUGGCAGCGCAGCAUGAUGCGCAAGGCACCGUGCCUGUUUCGGGUGUCAGGGAACCUGUGCCGUUCGACGAGCAAGACACUCGUGCUUUCGUCGAGGGCGAUGGGUGGGGGAAGGGCUCUGGCAUAUCAUCCGGCCUCGCCCCGUUGUUCACUGGUAACAGGGACAAGGUCCCAAGAGUUCGACGCGCAGGCACAUGUCCGGCCGUGGCAGGAGCACCCACAACAGGACAUCAAUCCGCUGCGUAUCCAUGGUUGUCUCCCCCUCCUUCACAAACACGACGGCCUACACCAGACUUGACUUCGCCACCAGUUGGCGAGGCCGCUGCAACGGCCCCUGAGGGUGCGGUAAACGUCCCGCUCGACAAGCCCGUUCAGGUUUCGGAUUCGUCGACCACUCCUGUGCCCGUGAACGGCCCGACCUCGCAACACGGUGUUUUUGGGACAUUGGAUCCUUUACAAAAUCUGCGCAACAUUGCAGCUCCGAGUCCAAGCCCCACCGCAUCACCUGUGGUCGGGGGCGGGGUGUGGGAUUCGCUAGGAGUCCCCACCCCAAACCCCCCAACGUAUCACAUGAUCCGUACCACACUUCUGGAUGAGCUUGAUGUGGAAGUCCAAAAGUGUGUGAAACYUGUCCUCGCUACUGCAGCUACCUACGAUUGCACGAUUAUGACAGACGGUUGGACUAACAUUCGGGGCCAAACGUUGUGCAACUAUCUCGUCGGCACUACACGGGGCGCCACAUACGUCGCGACAGAUGUUAUGCGAGGAAAGAAGGAUGCCACUGCUCUGGCGCAGGCUUGGCUGCGAAGGUUGAAGUCCCUUGAUAUCAAGCUCGCUGACAUCACUGCUUUCGUCACAGACUCUGCCAGUUCGAACGUUUCUGCGAUGGARGUGUUCCAGAAGGAUGAGAGUGUCAAGCACAUCUUCUGGAUUCCUUGUGUGGCACACGUCAUGGACCUCAUCCUUGAGGACAUCGGCGRCAUUGACUGGGUGGCGACCCGCAUUGCUCRGGCGCGUUUSGUCACAAAGUUUUUCAAGCGUCAUAGCCACGCUCGCGAAGUUUUGCAAGCUUUCACGACGAAGGCUCUGCUGCUUCCCAUAGAGACUCGCUUCGGUACGCAUGUGAUUAUGAUGGGACGACUUCUUCCGCCGCAAUCACAUCUUAUGCAGGUGGUCGUUGAUGAUCGAUGGAAGGACAUUGUUUGGUCAACGAAUAAGAUUCGAGACGACGCCGCGGAGGUCACAGCAUGUGUUGGUUGUCCGCAAUGGUUGGAGGAUAUGAGAGCGCUGUGCAAGUUGUUGGAUCCCAUCAUGGACAUGUUGCAGAUGGUGGACAGCGACACGAGGCAGAUUGACAAGAUUUUGCAUCGGUACAACGAGAUGAUCGUGCGUUGUUUGUCUGCACGUGCCACUUUGGAGAAGGACGAGCAAGACGCGCUGCUUGAAGUGUUUGACAGACGUCGUACCAUGUUCAAGUCGCCUGCUCAUGUUGCUGCCAUAAUGUUUGACCCCGAGUUUCGAGACCGCACGAUGCCAGACAACGAGGAGAUGCAGCACGGUUUGAAACUCGCUCUGAUUCAGUUUGGGUACCCGGAACAUUCGGAUCAGCACAACGAGGUCCUCACUGCCAUUGACAAGUUUCAUUCUAGGGAGCCGUCGUUCGACGACGUGGCCAUGGACCGGGCCGCGAGGAGCUAUACCCAUCCAGCAUGUUUCUGGGAGUCGAAGGAGAAGAGGUUCCCGCACACGGCCUUCUUCGCUGGCAGGAUACUGCGUGUGUGGGCGACUGCGUCGCCUUGCGGGAGAGCUUGGUCCUGUUGGAGUCUCAUCCACUACAAAUCUCUUAACAAAUUGGAGGUGGCGCGGGCUGAGAAGCUCGUGCGAUGCCAUUGGAACCUUCGGCUCCUCGACAGGCAGGCUAUGUCGGACGAUGCUCCCAAUGACAGGCCACAUCCGUAUGGGAGCUGGGUGCACUACUGGCAGCAAGUGGAGGAGGAGGUGCCCACCGACCAGCAGCUUAUGGAAGACCGAGGAGCCCGUGUGACGGUCACGAAGGAGUUGACGCAGGCGAGAGAGAGGAUGCGCGCCGUGUCCCGCAUGGGAGCCACUCGUCGCUUGCGGCAGUCUGGUAGGAGGAGGUGUAGUGGCGGCGGUCGCGGAGGUGGUCGUCGGGGCGGUCGUGGGCGAGACGGGUGUGGAGGUCCAGGCGGGAGGCAUAGUGUCGCGAGUCGUGGAAGGGCAGUGGGCGAGCUAGUACGCAAGCCUCGACAGCGAUGGGAUGAGGGAGACUUUUUGCACGAGAGCUCGUCCAACGAUGACGAGGAUUUCUUCAGGACUGGCAGGCCUGCACAGGAUGGCGACAACGAUUUCGACGACCGUCACCCGGACGUGGACGACGACGAUGGCGCCAGUGGCGAUGAUCACGGUGACGGAGGAGAUAGGCCACGACCUGCACAAGGUGACAUGAUGCACGACGACGGGGCAGGGGGCGAGCACCGCACAACAGUAGAUGACGCUCGAGAUGGAGUGGAUGAUGAUGGUUCACGACCUGUCCUGGGCGGUGACCUGAGGCGCUUGAAACGCGGACCAAGGGAAAAAGACACUAUCGCUUCACGUGUGCGCAAACGUCAUGGUGGGGUUGCUAACAUUCCACUAGCACGAGUCCCCGCAACUGAGCAGAUUUUAGUUUUUGAGGACUCUUUCAGCGAUCACGACGGCGAGGAGCGGAUCGAGCUGCAUGGCGGGAGCGGUCAUCCACGAGGUGACACUUCGAGUAUGCAUGCAACAGCUCCGAUGGGGCCUUCCACAACAGUCCCAGAAUCGCAGCAAGGUCCAGCACCGUUGAUGCAUCAUCCCGAGGUUCAGGGAGAGAUCGGUCCUCUCCGGGCAGUGCGGGACGAGGGUUCUGUAAGUGCACUGCAUCCACUCACGUCUGCCGGAGCGGCAGUCUCAGUUGCAGCGACCUCGGAUGUGGGACAGCCACUGGCAGCGGCGGAGCAAGAAAGUGUGCUCCCACCUCGCAGUGUUCAACCCAUUGUAUACAGGGAGGGGGUUCAUAUGCAACGAUCAGGCACUCAUGGAGGCGAUGUAGUCAACAUUGUACCGCGGCCACCGCCUACAUUGAUGGAGGAGAGUCAGGGGACCGUUGUUGUGUGUCUAGGCGACGAUCUCCCAGAACGUGAGAUCUCACACACUCCCGCAGCUGAGCAGAGCGCCACAGGCCAUGUCGGCCUCGCAUGCCCCACCGGCAGUCUUCCGGGUACCGGCGAGUUACUGACCAUGGACUCUGCGCUCGUUUCUUUACCGGAUUUGUCGACGUUGAUAUCCCCAGGUCCCCAUGUGUCACCGAGCCUGUCGUCAUGGAGCGUGGAUCGGAUGGGUUUGACGUGGCAGGAGGCGAUAUCGCCGAUAUAAUUACGAGCCCAAUGGUGUCUGCCACGCCCACGAUUUUUCGUGUUGGCAAACCGCGCGAGGUUGCCCUUGGUUUGGCGGAGACGG